AUGGCUCAACGAACCAAAUGUUUGGCCGUGUGCUCCGCAGGCGCUCGUUUUGAAUUGGCCGAAGUAAUCCUGGACGAACUAAGAUCAAAUGAGGUUCUUGUGGAAAUUCAUGCUACUGGUAUCUGCCACACGGAUAUUGCCUGUGCGGAUGGGAAAUUGCCAGUCAAGUUCCCUUGUAUACUGGGCCAUGAGGGCGCUGGUGUUGUCAUACAAAAAGGACAAGACGUGCAGAAUAUCUCCAUCGGCGCUAAGGUCCUACUGAGUUAUAACUUCUGUGGAAGCUGUUCACAGUGCGCGUCUCAUUGUCCUGCCUACUGCGAAAAGCUGCUCCCCAUGAAUUUUGGGGGACGACGCCUUGACCGCAGCGCAACAGUCACUCUGCCUGGAGGUAAGGAAGUCUUUGCCAAUUUCUUUGGUCAAAGCUCUUUUGCCAGGCUUGCCGUGGUGAGCAAAUCGAGUGUAGUGGAGGUGCCAGACGAUACGCCCUUGGAGCUUUUCGCCCCUCUGGGCUGCGGAAUACAGACUGGCGCCGGGGCCGUACUCAACUCUCUCAACGUCUCCUCUGGAAGUUCUGUUGCCGUUUUCGGUGUUGGAUCAGUGGGGUUGAGCGCCAUCAUGGCCGCCAAGAUGAGGGGAGCACAGACAAUCAUCGCAGUGGAUCUGCAACCCUCACGCUUGAAGUUAGCUUUGGACAUAGGCGCAACCCAUGCCCUUGUCGGGAAUGACGGUGACGUUGUCCAGCAAAUUCGGAGCAUCUGCCAGCCUCAUAACAGGGUCGCAUUUGCCUUGGACUGCUCGGGUGCGGUUCCGGUUAUUGAAAACAUGAUCGACUCGCUUGCUACUCGUGGCCGAGCGGUCAGUGUAGGUGCUCCGGAUGCGACUAAACGCGUGUCUAUGAACGUCUUCUCCCAUUUGACUUUGGGUCGGCAAUAUGUGGGAUGUCACCAGGGAGACAGUAUAGCCAGCGAGAUGAUUCCGUUCUUGAUCGAACGGCAACGAGAAGGCUUGUUUCCUCUUGAAAAACUGAUCUCGUACUACAAUCUGGAUCAGAGUCAUCAGGCCUUGGAAGAUGUGAAAAAUGGCAAGACGAUCAAACCAGUCCUGAGGUGGCGAUAG